CACACAUGUGCACCCGUCAUAUUGAGCUCUUUGUUUAAUCUGAGUCAUAACAGCGUGAGCAGAAAACUAUUCCCUUCUUGUUGACAACAAAAAAUUGAAGAAGAAAAGAGCAAAAAAUUUGAGAAAAUUUAAACAAAACGGAUAAAACUAAAAUUAAGAUUGCUACAUUUUUACGAGCAUGAGCGUUCUUUUCAAUUGAGAGACGGAUAAUAUAUAAGAAUAGGUUAGGUGUUUGUGAGUAUACGAGAAGCUUGUUUAAAUUAUUAUAAAGAUGAAGGAUUUUCAAAGCAAGUUAUGUAUGUUAUUAUUAGAAGAAUACUUUGGAAAUAUUGUACAGUGUAUAGGGAACAGUUUAUUACAUAGCAGAAAAACAUUAGAUGUUAUACGACUUCAUACAAAUUUACCGUUAAUUAAGGUAAAAGAAGGACUAUGUGUCCUUAUAAAAUAUGGUUUUGUCACUUAUCAACAAGAUGAAAAAGGUAGUGUUCACUAUGUCCUACAUUGUGAGAAAAUUAUUAUGCUUCUACGUUAUCCAAGGUAUAUGCUAUUUGCAAAAACUUACUGCAGAGAUGAAGGUGAAAUUAUGUUAGAAGAAGUAUUAAAACAUGGAUAUAUCACAGCUUCUGAAGUCAUAAUAAAAACAUACAAACGACUUGAGGAAACUCCUUCUAAAUGUGCUGAACAACUUUCCGUUGCAAAUUUAAAAAAUACAUUCGAGUUAUUAGUAAAAAACCAAUUUUUAAUGCAUAGUAUAUCCUUUAAUACAAUGAAAGAAAAUAUUGAAAAACCUGAAUACAAUUUACCACAUCUUAAUAUGACAGCCAUUUCUAAUAUAUUACAAGGACAAAAUGCUGAUCCUGGAGAUAAUAAAUUAUAUUGGAAGGUCAAUUUUGACAGAUUUACACAAGAUUUCAGGGAUAAAAUUAUGGUAUCAGCCAUGACUCAGAGAUUUGACAUAAAUGCUGGAGAAUUAAUGAGACAAUUGAUUAAUUUGAUGUAUUUGCGUACCGCACCAUGGACAGCUACAUCGAAUCCAAUUCCAUAUACUGAAAUAAAAGAGGAAGUGAAAAAAUUGACUUUUUUAGAGCUUGAACAAUAUCUUGAUCAGUAUCUAAGACUUAUAGAAGAAGACAGUAGUCAAUUUAUUAAACGAGUUGGUGAUUCUGGUGGAGGGCAAUAUAGUGUUAACAUGAAAAAUGCAUUUAAACAAUUAGUAUGGGCAACGAUAGAAAGUAUUGUAGCUGAAAGAUUUGGUUCCAAGGCUGCAAGAAUUUUCAGAUUAGUGCGUAUUGAAAAAAAUGUUAACCUAGAUCAGAUUCAACAGUUGGCAAUGAUUCCAGCAAAAGAAGCUAAAUGCUUAACAUAUAUUUUGGCACAAGAAAAUUUCAUACAGAUGCAAGAGAUAAAAAAAGCUGGAACUUUAGCAGCACCAACAAAAGGACCUUUCCAUUUUUACAUUGAUCUGACUAAAAUUGUUCAAAUGGAAAUUGAACAUUGUUGUCAAGCAUUGUAUAAUAUUAUAAAAAGGCGAGACCAUGAAUUAAGUAAUAAUAAGCGCAUGAUAGAAAAACAAUUAAGAGUACAGAUACUUUCUUCCAAUAUGAAAGAACAUGGCGCUACAGAACAACAAUUGGCUGAUAUUGCAGAAAUGAUGACACCAUCUGAAACUCAGCAGCUUGAGAAGGCGCAAAAUGCGAUUAAAAAACUGAAUGUAACAGAGCUACAAAUAGAUGAAACUUUGUUCUUACUAACGAUAUAUUUACGAUAUCAUUAAAUAAAAAAACCAUUACUUUUUUAAUAUCUUUUCCUUUUUUUAUAAGAUGUGUGCAUAUAAAAAUGAGACUCCUUCAUUUAUUCAUU